AUUUAUAGUACCUACGUUGUCUUGUCACCAUAAAUGCGCAACUGUUCUACUUAUUUUGCUCUUUACGCAAGUGAUUUCCUCGUACAAUGUGUGUACGCACAGAAAAUGUUGUCUGGAAUUGAGAUAUCUAAACUGAAAUCGCAUUAUACGUGACAGGAAACAAGUCCACAGGCCAUUUACAAAUUAGCAAAAAAAAAAACGUUGUUGAACCCUCCCUAACCAUAGUUGCGAGCUAGGUGUUUAUUAUCCCAGUGGCAGUUAGAUGCGAGGAUCUAAGCAAGUAUUAUUUUGCCAGAAAAACUGAGAGACAGAAUGAUCUGUUUUGCAUUUGGCUAGUAUCUGAAGUUUUGUAGUAUAACAAUAUAACGCCACUGAGGCUAAUAACGGUCAACCUUUUCCAAUUAGAUAUAGCCAGCAGAGCGUCAAGACGGCAAUAGCUGCUAGGUGGGCUAGCUAACUGGCUAACGUUAACCAUAGCUGAAUAACUUGAGACAGCAGCCACUGGCGCUGGCGAUUCAGUUAUUUCAGAUGUCGGAGGAGUGAAAUGCAGUCCAUACCUGCCGUCACCAUUAACGGUACAGUUAACCAGCAUGGCCAACUCAGAUAGCGGAUUCCUCGUUUCACCCAGAUACAAUGACCUGUUGUUGACAUAACUGGCUCACUCAUUUGAGAGCACCGUUGCCAUUUUGUUAUUUUAAGUGCAGGUAAUGUCUUGCUGAUGAUACAAUGUGAGACAUGAGCAGGAUGAAGCCCACACGCAGGGUGAUGCUGGUGCUCUGUUCCAUGCUGGUCCUGGGAUUCAUUUACUACUCCUCUGAGAGGCUGCACCUGCAUGUUUGGGGCCCGAAAUCACAGUCAGAAUUGGAUAAUGUAUUCGCCGUGGGACGAGUAGUAGCUUCAGUGUAUGACAAGCAGGGAUUCUUACUGAAGGCCGAUGGCAAGCUGCCUCUGGAGCUUGAGUACAAGUAUGGUAAUCUCACCAAGGGAGUUUGCAAGCAAGGCUUUUCUGCAGCCAAAAUGACUGCCAUUUACCCAAAGUUUACGAAACCCGCUCCCAUGUUUCUGGAUCCAAAUUUUAAACGUCUGACAAAAAUCAGCAAUUAUUUACCUCCUUUUGGAAUAAAAACGCAAGAAAGGAUCAUAGAUGUUAUUUUAUCAGCAACUCAGAACUACGGGCUGGGCUCCGAGCUGGACAGCUUGAGUUGCAAAAAGUGCGUCAUCAUCGGAAAUGGUGGAAUCCUCUCCAACAAGUCGUUGGGCCCGGGGAUAGAUGAGUACGAUGUCGUCGUCAGACUGAAUGAGGCCCCAGUGAGCGGCUAUGAGAAGGACGUUGGCUCCAAGACCACCAUGCGCAUCACUUAUCCCGAGGGAGCCAUCCAGAAACCAGAGCGCUACGAGAAGGACUCCAUCUUUGUCCUCUCUGCCUUCAAGCCUAAGGACUUCAAUUGGCUCCGAUACAUGGUCUUCAAGGAGAAGCUGAGAGGCGUUGAUGGCUACUGGAAGUCCAUAGCCCGUUCGGUGCCUCGAGAACCCAGUGAGAUGCGCAUCCUCAACCCCUACUUCACCCAGGAGGCAGCCUUCCAGUUCAUCGGCCUCCCAUACAACAACGGCGUCAUGGGACGAGGGAACAUUCCUACCCUGGGGAGUGUUGCCAUAACGAUGGCCCUCCAUAAUUGCGAUGAGGUAGCCGUGGCUGGAUUCUGCUACGACAUGAGCAACCCCCAAGCGCCUCUCCACUACUACGCGAAAGACAAGAUGUCAACCAUCAAAGAGUCAUGGACACACAACAUAGACCAGGAGAAGAAAUUCCUGCAAAAGCUGGUGAAGGCGGGGGUCAUACAGGACUUGACCAAUGGUAUCUGAGACAACCCCCCAACCUGCCACCAGCACCACCACCACCACCCGACCCCGGCCCAGCCCAGCCCAGCCCCUCCCUUUGUUGACCUGAGGAACGAGGAGCCCCAGAGGGGACAGCAGAGCUCAGUCUCCCCCCCCCCCCCCUCCCCACACCCUCAGCCUCGCUGUCCCUCACACAGGCUUCUCUCACAGUACUUUUAACCCCCCACCCCCACCAGCCCUGGACUUCACCUGCUCCGCUCUGUGGCAGUCCUAUCUGUGUUUGGGUGGGUGGUGUUUGGGUGUGGGGGUGGUUUGGUGAGCAGCUAGGAACCAAAGGUCCACUGCCGCACAGCCAGUAGAGACGGUGAUAAGAGGCCGGUCUGUGCCAAACAUACCUCCGGAGGAAGCGCUUCUCCUCCUAUGUGCUUGAAUGUAUUCACAACAUAAACAUCAAAGAGAUACUGGAGGUGUUUUUUUUUCUUAUGUAUUUUUUUUUUUUUUUUUUUUUAAGUGUUUCAGUAUCCUCUGGCUCAGUUCUGCCGCAGAGGAAAGGACCGUCACCGUCCUGAAAACACACACACACACACUCAUGGAGAAUCACAUGGACACACAAACUCAUAUACACACACGCCUUGUAGGAGGACCGAACAGGUGCAGGCUUUCAUGAACCAUGCACCCUUGCCCUCCUCCUUUAAAAGUGUUUAAAAUGUUAUUUGCAUUGAGAAGCUGCUUUGUUCUCCGCUUCCUUUGAUUUCUACCUUUUUCUUUUCUUUUCCAGAGCAGUAUUGGGAAUCAUAUUUAAUUUUACGAUUAAGUGCUGAGGGUAUGGUUUUUGUGUGUGUGUGUGUGUGUGUGUGUGUGUGUGUGUGUGUGUGUGUGUGUGUGUGUGUGUGUGUGUGUGUGUGUGUGUGUGUGUGUGUGUGUGUGUGUGUGUGUGCGCGCGCGCGUGCGUAUGUUUCAGCCGUUUGCGUUGUCUGUGCUUCUUGUUACGCACAUGUAUAAUGUUUCAUAUCAUUUCUGCUGAGAAACUUUGCUCUGAUAUUAAAUGAGCAUGUUUGAUUGUGAUUUUCCACUGUACCCCUCGCUCUGUUGAUUGGGUAGAUUUACUGUAUACAAUGCUCAACAUGAUUUGUUUCUUUUUAAAUGUUUAUUAUUAUAGAGUGGGAAACCUAUUCCCUACAAUUAACCUGAGAAAUGCAAAAACAAGUACACAUGCCACGAAUUCUGAAAUUAUCACUUGUUCUGCUGUCAGUUCUAAAAUUGAUUUGCAUUGCAAUAUGUCGCAGUAUUUGAGCAAGGGGACAAAGCUUAUUAAAAAGACUCAGUAUUUGAUAAUG